AUGGUGAUUUCUACUUUUGCUGCUCUUUUUCUUGCUACUGUAGCCAUAGUCACCCUCUUCCGCCACCUUACCCGUCCCAAACUCAACCUCCCACCAGGCCCCAAACCGUGGCCUAUAAUCGGAAACCUAAACCUCCUUGCAGGGCCACUCCCACACAGAAACGUACACGCCCUUGUUCAAAAAUACGGGCCAAUUAUGCUGCUCAAAUUUGGUUCAUAUCAAGUUGUUGUGGGCUCUUCUAAAGAAAUGGCCGAAGAAAUCCUCAAAAUCAAUGAUGUCAAACUGGCUGAUCGUCCCAGAAUUGCUGCAGGCAAAUACACCACCUAUAACUACUCCAACAUUACCUGGUCGCAAUAUGGACCAUAUUGGCGACAAGCACGUAAAAUUUUGCUGAUGGAAAUUUUCAGUCCCAAACGCCUAGACCAAUUUGAGUAUCUCCGCGUAGAGGAGUUACACCGACUCCUUGGAAAAUUAUUCUUGACCGCUGGCAAGCCCAUCAAUGGAAGAGAAUAUUUUUCAGAUUUGAGUCUCAGUGUCAUCAGUCGCAUAGUGCUGGGAAAAAACUACACAAAGAAAACUGGGAACCAAAAGCAGUAUAUGUCACCCAAGGAGUUUACGGAAAUGAUUGAUGAGCUUUUCUUGCUUAAUGGGGUGUUAGAUGUAGGAGACUCAAUACCGUGGCUCGCUUUCUUGGAUUUGCAAGGCUAUAUUAAGAGAAUGAAGGCCGUGGGCAAAUUGUUUGAUGGUUUUCUCGAGAAUGCAUUGAAUGAACACAAUGAAAGGAGAAAAGGAAUCAAGAACUAUGUGCCUCAAGAUAUGAUGGAUAUCCUGUUGCAGCUUGCUGAUGAUCCUGGUCUUGAAGUCAAGCUCACCAGAACUUCAGUCAAGGCAUUUAUAAUGGAUUUGAUCGCGGGGGGACUGAGAGUUCUGCUGUGA